GCAUUUGUUAGAACAUUGUCUUUGUUAACAAUCUUUCUAAACAAAAUACUUGAAUAUAAAAUAAAUUGUUACAAAUCCAUCAUUUUACAGACAUUUAGGUACAAAGUGGUAUCUGUUUAUGACGCUUAGGGAAAGGUCGAUUGGUGCACAUACUGAUAUAAACCAUCAUCAGCAGUAUAUAGGACGGCGACGCGACGCAAUAGGAGCCCGAACGCGGUAGGUAACGAACAAACGCGAACGUGACGCUAACGCUAGGUUUGGGUUUGCGUCAGACCAAAGUCAGUGUGUUUGUGGAGAAAGGUUCUCUCGAUCGUGGAUCGAAAGUGCCAAAGCGAGAAGAUAAAGGUAAACAGAAAGGCCAUGUUCGUGUUUCCCAACGCGAACGUCCUGCUGCUGGCAAUACCAUCCAUUCUGCGCAGUUUUCCGGCUGGAGGACCGACUCAGUUAUGAAAUAGUCGACGGCGACGCCGACGGGCGACGAAAAGCGGCAAGGGCGACGCAGCGGCUUGUUAUUCCGUUAUUCCACUCUUUUCCUGAACGUCGGUCGUGUCGUCAGCACGUACACACGUUUGUUUAUACGUACAAUACAAUACGUGCUGUCGCUACCGGAAUAUUGGCGUCGAAACUAAACGUCGAAAUGUCAUUUCUCGCGCCACCUUCAAUAUUCGCGUCGUGUAGCGGUUAAUAGUGUGGUAGUGCCUGUUGUUGCUUACUAUAUUGGUCGUUUAUAGCGAUCUUAAAACUUAAUGAAUUGUGACGAAUGAAAGUGGUGAAUUGAAUCGUUUUAGUUUUUGUGACUGUGUGAAACUUAAUCUGACAGACCGUUUACUGGAUUUAAUAGUGUUGGAUAAUAUUCAUUUUAUCGCCUCCGUUGGUUAUCAGGACAUAUUUUAAGGCCUUCGUAAGUAGUAACGAUGACGAGUACUCUUUAAAAGUUUCGACAAGAUAUUUACCAAAUAUGGAUUUAUUAUAACAUCAGGGUGAUUACACGAUUUGGUGUGGAAUGGGCUGCAGUUUAGCAAAGAAUUCCGGCAGUAAGUCUGGAGGAAAGAACAAGGAUGCCUUACAGGAACCACCACCUGUUGCGGCACCUGCCGAUCCCCGUCUUCCUCUUACAGCUAAACAAAAGUACAGCAUGAUGGCCUCAUGGAAAGGAAUAAGCAGAGCGAUGGAACAAACAGGGAUAAAUAUGUUUAUCAAACUUUUCGAAGAACACCAAGAACUACUGACGUUAUUUGAGAAAUUUAGGGAACUGAAAACGAAAGAAGACCAAGUCAACAGCAUGGAAUUGGCAGCUCAUGCUACCACCGUUAUGAAUACCUUAGACGAAGGAAUAAAAGGCCUGGAUAACAUGGAUACAUUUUUUGAUUUUGUCCACCAUGUUGGGGCCCUUCAUAGGAAAAUACCCGGCUUCAAAGUAGAAUAUUUUUGGAAAAUUGAAACGCCCUUCUUAACCGCUGUUGAGCAAACACUGGGCGAUCGAUAUACGGAAAACGUCGAAAACAUUUACAAAAUCACCAUCAAAUUCAUACUCGACACGCUAGUUGACGGGUACAACAAUGGGGAGAGUUCGUCUGCUAGAAAACCAGCACAAACAACUACCUAAUAAUAAUUAUUACAAUUAUUAUUAUUGUAUUAUAAUGUUGUAACAGUGUCCAAAACUGAACAACGCCCAUAGUUAAUGAUCAGGGUCGGACUAAAUUCGGUUAUAUUCAUUUAAUGAAGAACAUCGACCCUUCCAGACCACCUGUAUUGGUCAUCUAAGUUGCAGAAUGUCAAAAAAUCAGAAGUGAACACGCCAGUAACUAUUACAGUAAAUGGUUAAAAGGUAAUUAUCUUUCGUAGCAGUAAAUAAUUUCAUUGACAUUCCUUAUUUAUGAAUACCACACAUCAGAUGGUACAGUGGAAAAACAAAAAAUGAAAAAUGAAAAAUAUUUUCUAAUAAUUUACAUUACCUAUUCACAAAUGCAGACCACUUCUGAAUUUUUGAUAAUUUGUGCCUGUAAAAAGAACCUUGUCAAUAUGUGUCAAUUUUUAAGCGUGUAAAUACCUAUUUAUUUUUUUAUAAUUAGUUACAGUGAUAGAUGCAAACAAUGUAAUGAAUGCCAUAUUUGUUGUCUCGCGACAUCCCUUCUGAUCCUUUUUCUAGAGGAAUUGAUAAGGCUCUGCUAUCGUAACACUUCUCCCAUUUUAUGGGAUUAAAAAAAACAACUAUACCACCUUAAAGAUCAGAAAAUGGUCAAAAUAGGUCAAUUACAUCAUUUCUUAUAAAAUAAAUAAUGAAAGGCAUAUAACAUAUUUAAUAUAAUUGGUCAGUUAAAAUAAAUUGGUAGUCA